GAACAGUAAUUCUCGUACAAAUCUCACCCUAAACAGCUUUGAGGCUGAGCCUUGCUGACACAGCUCCAGGCCGCCCUGGGCAGAGAGCAACAAGCCCACGGACUGGCAAGCGCUGGUAUUAAACGCAACACUGUCUCCAUUUCCGCAGUUACAGCUCCCCCUAUGUCUGUGCUAUUUUAUUCAUUUCGACUCUCUCGUUAGUACUUCCGGGACAGUCGGGUUGCGCUUCCGGUUGUCCCCUCAGCCGCUGAAUGAAGAUGACGAAGCCUCAGGAUGGAGCCGGCUCUCUCCUGCUGUUCAUCACUCCCUUGCUGCUGCCGGUGAGCAUUGCCUCUGAGCUGUCCGUGGUGACCUGCGGCUCGGUAGUCAAGUUGCUCAAUAUCAAGCACAACGUCCGCCUCCACUCGCAUGACGUUCGCUACGGCUCAGGCAGCGGGCAGCAGUCUGUGACAGGAGUCACAUCUGUAGACGACGGCAACAGUUACUGGCGUAUCCGUGGGCAAAGCUCCACUGUAUGUGAACGAGGAACGUUGAUCAAAUGUGGACAAUCUAUGCGCCUAACACAUGUCAACACAGGACGCAAUCUGCACAGUCAUCACUUCACUUCUCCUCUGUCUGGAAACCAGGAAGUCAGUGCAUUUGGGGAUGAUGGAGAAGGUGACAUCCUUGAUGACUGGACGGUCCUAUGUGAUGGAGAAUUCUGGCAAAGAGAUGGUGAAGUCCGACUCAGACACACAUCCACAAAUGUUUUCCUCUCUGUCACAGGGGAACAGUAUGGGAGGCCCAUUAAUGGCCAGAGGGAAGUUCACUGCAUGUCAUAUUCUAACCAAAACAGCUAUUGGAAAGUCAUGGAGGGCAUAUUCAUGAAGCCAAGUGAGCAGUCCCGGACUCAGAACGUUCAUACUGAACUAUGAUAUCACCCACAGACACUCCCGAUUCCCUUUCUUUAACCGUACAGUGUUGGGAUCACUCAGGAUAUUUCUCAGAUCCUGAAUAGUUACCUUAACCGUUAAGUUCAGAAAUAUUUUAAAUGUGGAUUCAAGGGCGAGGUUUGUAUUGUUGCCCAUUCUGAUGGUAUUGUUUUUAUGUCCAGAAAUGAGCUGAGGUUUAACACUGGGCAUGUCCCUGGGACAAAGUUAUUUUCAACAUUUUAUCUGCAACUGGUGGAUUUGAAUACAACAUUUUUAAAACAAAAAAAAACAAGUGUUUUACUAAAAAGAAGCAAGCAACUGGCUCACAGCUUUCUUAUGCUGAAACAUAACAUAUGGGUGGAUGAAGGACCAGCUUGUCAAUUGGUGCUGCCUGGUUUUUAUCUAAUAAAAACCUGAAGUUAUUUCUGAGGGUUUAAUUUGA